CCCACUUCCAAAAAAGUUGCAUAGCAUCAUCUGUACCUCAACCAUAACCUUCCAGGUCAGGUUCUCUGUCUGCUUAUUGUAAACUUGCACCAAUUUUUAACGCUAGGCGUAAACAAAAAACCGAUAACAGUGCGACAAGAUGGCUUUGCUUUUCCAAUCAAAAGCCAUGGCUUUGAUCUCCUUUCUAUGCGUCUCUCUCCUUUUUCUUUCCGUCGCCGGCGACGACAAGCCCUCUGCCUAUGAAGCUAUAUGGCAAUAUGAUUUCCCGAUCGGUAUUCUUCCGAAAGGUGUGACCGGCUACGAUUUGAACCCUUCCACCGGUGCUUUCUCGGCGUAUCUGAACGGCACUUGCAGCUUCACGCUGGACAAUUCAUAUGAACUCAAGUACAAAUCAACCAUAAAGGGUGUGAUUUCUAAAGGAAGGCUUCGGAAACUGAGUGGUGUCAGUGUCAAGGUUCUCUUGUUGUGGUUCAACAUUGUGGAGGUGAAACGUGGAGUCGAUGAGCUUGAAUUCUCCGUCGGGCUUAUCUCGGCGAACUUUGGCAUUAGAAAUUUCCUAGAGUCCCCACAGUGUGGUUGUGGAUUUAACUGUGCUAAUGGGGAAGAAAGGAAAGUAAAGUUGAAUCGAUUUGUAUCUUCUUCUUAGGUGAGUUUAAUUUAUGACGCACGCUUUCCUCAAGUCUCCUUAUCUUUUUCUUCCCCCCCCCCCCCCCCCCCCCCCCUUUUCCCUUCCCUUUUUUCAUAAAUCACAGGUGAUUUGUCCGAAUUAAAAUAGUUUGAAUUUUGCUCU